UUGUGCAGUUUGAGUAUGUGGUUGGAUUUGUCAGAAAUGGCUGGGAUCUUGCUUACAGGACUUGUGCUCUUCUUGUUGGAGGUGAUAUGUGAUGGUGAGCCAACACAUGCUGGGCCAGAAACAAUGCAGCAGCCCCAUGAGCAAGUCAAACUCGUCCAUCCUACAUCACAAUGGGUGCUGAAGUUGUUUAACGACUCGCUGCCCUUUUCCAGAGCUGAGAGUUUCUGCAGGGGUCAGUUCAGCUCUCUGAUCACCGUGGAACGGUCAGAGGAAGAGAAGGAGACCGUCGAGUUCCUUCAGCAGGCUGGACUUCGCUCUCAAGUCUGGGUUAAAGAUCACCUCAGAGCAGAGUCCAAGCCUGUAGCUCUCUCCAGGCAGUAUUUGGAGUUCUCAGCGCUAAAAUUUCCAAAGGAAUCCCAUGAAGGCUUUGCUCGUGUCGGAGUGUCUUUUCCUGCCAUGUCGUCUGUCAGCRUAUGUGUUCGAGUUCAGUGGGACACAAAGUGGACUGAUGUAUCAACAGUCUUCUCCUACGCUGCACCUGUCCUGACCAAUGAGUUCCAGCUGCGAGGCCGAGUGGACAUGCAGGGUCGUAUCCACCUGGCCCUCAUAAUCCACGGAAAACACUUUCCAUACAAGGCAUCCUUUGCAAAUGACGGUGCAUGGCAUCACAUCUGCGUCACAUGGAGUCGGAUGAGCAAUCACUGGGCUAUCUAUGUGGACGGAGACAGGAAAGACACGGGCUCUGGUACAGACAUGGACAGGGAUAUACACGGGGAUGGUAUUCUUAUCUUGGGUCAGGACCAAGACUCAUUUGGGGGAAAUUUCACAGAACCCUUUUUUGGGAACAUCACUGACCUGAAUGUAUGGAACGUUUCUUUGGAAACRAGGCAUGUCCRUGCCCUGAAUUUGUGUUCGGCCRCAGUACGGGAAAAACUUUUCAGCUGGAACCUCAGCCUCAUAGACAGCCAUCAUGUGGUCAAAGAGGUGAAGGCCCCGUUGUUCUGUCCAGCAGUGCUCCAGCAGAUGGAGCUCCAGGGCUGCAGAACGGUGCAGGGCUGGUCAGAUCAGCUGCCAUCCAUCAGCUGGACGGACUGCUCUGAUCUUCUACCUUUCAUCUGCAGGAGCAGCCGAGCUAAAAUGUCUGAGCUGGUGCUGGUGCAGCAGCCAUCAGGGCUGGACAGCCUGGCCCAGGCUGCGGMCCUGCUCAACGCCUCCAUSCAGGCCCUGGAAGACACGCAGCAGGACGGCCUGGAGCCAGCCGACAUGGUGACGCUCAUCCAGCUGCUGACACUCACUGCUGACGUCUCCUCUGAACCAUCAGUCAGCGCUGAAAACAGUAGCCGUGACAACAUCCAGGAGCUCAGUCAGCACUUCAUCAGUGUGGCUGACAGCAUCAUCAGUGAAGACAAUGCAGACAAGUGGCAGGCUAUCAAAGAGGUGGUGAACGGUCCCAUGGAUGUUGUGAAGAGCGUGGACCGGAUGGUGACCCGCUUGAGCCCAAGUUUGACAGCAGAGACUGACCAUGUGACCAUUCACACUCCCAAUAUCAAAGUGGAGCUGCAGCAACAAAGACUGGGUGAAGGAUCUAAAGUGGAGAGUUUCUGUGGGCCUGGGUCAGAGACGCUCAGCCUUCUAGACUGCAUUUCUGYUCCACGUCAGAAGAUACAGGAUCUGCAGAACAAUGGCUUCUAUAAGAUUACCUUGGUCAACAUGUGGUAUGGCUCUCUGCGACCUCUUUUCAAUCGAGAAGAGAACAUCACCAUGGAGCCUACGGUCACUGAUGGCACACAAAGGUAUCUGGGCACUGUGCUGGGCUCGGCUGUUAUAUCCUCCACUGUGCUGGGAGACGACCAGCCAGUCAGCAUGGCAGUUCACUUCCAGCUCCAGCACAAAGCACAGAAUUCCAUUGAUGCUGUGUAUGAUCCUGUGUGUGCAUUCUGGGACUUUGAUCUCACUCCGGAGGCCGGUGGGUGGUGGAAUACAAGAGGCUGUGAGCUUGUGUCCAAACAUUAUGGAUACACAGUGUGCUACUGCAAUCACACCACCAAUUUUGCUGUGCUGCUGCAGGUUUACGAAACUCAGAUGAGCCCAGAAAAYGAAAAAGCUCUGCAGGUGCUGACGUUCAUUGGCUGUGGAGUGUCUCUGUGUGGCCUCCUCUUCACCUUCAUCCUCUUCAUUGCUGCGGGGGCAGCAUGUUUCAUGGUGACUGCUCUGCUUCAUCUCUUCUUCAUGGCGUCCUUCUGCUGGAUGCUGGUUGAGGGUCUUCUUCUUUGGAGCAAAGUGGUUUCUGUUAACAUCAGUGAGGACCGCAGGAUGAAGCUCUACUAUGUCAUAGGCUGGGGACUACCUGUUCUGAUAGUUGGUCUAACAUUGGUGAUAUCAAGGGGAAAAUACAAGUCACAUGAUCACUGCUGGCUCAGUGUGCAAACUGACACCAUCUGGGCYUUUGUGGGACCGGUCAUAUUGGUCUURAUGGUCAAUGCAGUUGUGCUGUGCCGCGUUGUCAUGGUGACCGUUUCCAGCGCUCAUCGCCGCGCUAAGAUGCUCAGUCCAAGCUUUGCAUCGAAAAUGCAGACCUUUGACCUCACCUGGGCUGUGACCCGUCCAGUUCUCAUCCUGCUGCCGGUUCUGGGUCUGACGUGGAUGUGUGGCGUGCUGGUCCAUCUGUCUGCGGUCGUCAGCUACAUCUUCAUAAUCCUCAAUUCCUUCCAAGGCCUGUAUAUCUUCUUAGUGUAUGCUGUUUACAACAGUGAGGUGAGGAAUGCCAUAAAGAGGAUCAAAGAAAAGAGAAAGGCUCUGUCUUUCACGAACUGCUCCCAGCCUACCAGCUUCCUUCCCUCCCAAAGGGCUCCAACAACCUCCUGGAGCCGGAGCCCCGCAACCUCCUCCAGCCCAGAAACAAGUGACACCUCUGGACCCCUCAGCUCCACUUCCACAUCACUGGUCAUCAAGAACGAGAGUUUCAAAAAGGAAAGCUUUGUCAGUUUCUCUUUGAGACACGCAUCAGGAAACCAAGUGGUGCAGCUGACUGGGUUUAAGCCAUCAGGUUGCUGAGCUGCAGAUGGGGAGGCUCGUCUCUGUAUGCUACACACACACACACGCACACGCACGCGCGCGCACACACACACACACACACACACACGCACACACACACACACAGGAUGGAGAGCCAGAGGACAAGAAUGGAAAGAGGAAACUCCACCUUCUCCCACAGUCAUCUACUCAGCUGAACCCAUCAGCUCAUCACUUUCCUAAUAACUCACAUAUGUAUUAGUUUACAUUUCUUGUGUGUAGCUCAAGUAGUGAUGAGACUUAAACUCUCAUUGCUGAGUUUGAUUCAUCUUCCCAACGUUCCGAAGCACAACAUUUUUCACAUUCUUCAGUUGAAGACAGGAACGUCUGGAAACUAAGCAGAACCAGGAUUUGGCUCAUCCAUCCCGUAACCCGGCAGUGUGGACCUGGACCGACUCACCACUAACUCACUUUAAAGUGUUUUUAUAGUUUAACGUUUGUGUUUCUACUUGACACAAUUCCCUGUGGUCUAAAGAGACAGAACCCAGGUGUAUGAGUAGUCAUUAUCUUACCAGCAGUCAGAGUUGACCUAGUUACACGUCCAAUCAGAAGUUUACAUACACUAAUCCUCAGGGUCAACAGCAGCGUUUCCAUUGACCAUGUAAUUGCGGAAUUUGAUAUUAGACUAGACAAUUUGGAAAAAGAAAUACUCAUGUUUUUCGAUGAAAAGGUUUGGUGUGAGGUGUUUUUUUUUUUUUUUGGCCAUAAUCAAAAUUGAUUUAUUUCACAAAACUGCAAUAGUUUUGUGAAAUAAAUCAUGAGUCAUUUGACUCGAUGCCAGUCAAGUCACAUGAUCAACAACRAUGAAGAACAAGAUGACAAGAAGCAAUUAGACAGUGGCUUMUCGUGUGUUUUAAUGACUGAUUGUGUGAAUAAUGUUAUUCACAUGUGWUUKUAAUUGCUUUUAUUUAAUAGAAAUGCCACCAUUUUGAAAUUGCAUUUUUUUUCAACAAGUUUUGCACACAUCUAUACUGGAAACGCAGCUAGAGCAACAUAAACCACCAAUAUUUAUCUCAUUUGCAAAUUCAAAAUAAAUCACACACAUUGUGGACCCGUCUUUACUCCAAAAACARUUUCCAGUUCUGUCUGGAAUCAACGUCCUGCCUGAACCUUCAGUUGGUUCUGUUGUUUCAAUUUKUCUGAUGUUUAUUGGAGAUGUAGUUGAAGAAUUUGAAGAUAGUUCUUCAUCYUUCUUCUUCCACCUGCUUUGUUUGACACAUUAGUAACACUGGCACUAAAAGGACCCUCAGUAUGAUGCCACCAACACCAUGUUCAAAAGCUGGUGCAAUGUUCUCUGGUUUAAAACGCCCAGCUCGACUCAUCCAUUCCUAUUUUUUGUUUGUUAUAUCCAGACCAUUAAAUCUUUGUCUUGUCUGAAUGAACUUUGACCUGCCCAAGAGCUGAAAACUUCACUAGAAAGUGAAAGAGGGACAUUUUACUUCUCAGUUCAUGUCGAUGUUCCACAUUGCAGACAUUGUGGCAUCUUCCAUUCUAUAAUAUCCUUGAUUCUUURUCAUUUCUUGGUUGUUUCCAAAAAAUCCAAAACAUUAUUCUAAUGGAUGAAACAUGAAUCAGAGAAACAGUGCAUAAAACUCAGGCUUGUUCACACAGUUAUUCUUUCUCAAUUAAAUUAAGAGUUUUUGCCAACUAAUUGUUCCACUUUGAAAAAGGAAAAUUUGGAAGCUCAAUUAGUAUUAUCUUGAUUCUGAUGAUGAGUGUAUGUGAGCUUUUCACUGGUACAGUAAACAUAUUACCAUGUAGUCUUAACCAGCAAGUCUUACAUUUGUCAGCUCUACAUGAGUUUGUCACUGCUUCAUGUUGUAUGAAGCAGUUCACUGUCUACACACUGUAUGAGUGUGUAGACAGUACACACUCAUACAGUGUGUACUGUCUACACUCUGUAUGAGUGUGUACUGUCUACACACACUCUGUAUGACGUAUUGAUGAAACGACCGUACAGUAACCUGUCUGAGAGCUUGUGUUGACAAACAUCAAAAUGUAAUGAAAAAUGUUGAAAUAAAGUACAGAACUAAYACCCCUCUACA